CUUCCCCCCAUCGCUUUCCUUACUCCCACGCUCAGAACAUACACUUCUCAGGAAUUCUUGCUUCUUUCCAAAUUUGAUUGAUCAUACACAUACAUUUCUAGCAUCAACCCCGCCGGUCUCCUUCCAAGAUGUCGCUCGAAGCUACCAUGAUCAUUGUCGACAAUAGCGAAAGCAGCAGGAAUGGAGAUUAUACCUCGACACGAUGGCAAGCUCAGAUCGACGCCGUGAGCGUCAUUCACACCACUAAGAUGCGCGUGCACCCUCAGUCUGCUGUCGGCCUUAUGAGCAUGGGUGGAAAGGGUCCCGAGGUCCUGUCGACAUUUACCACCGACUUUGGUGGUAUCUUGGCCGGUCUGCAUCGCACGAAGAUCCAUGGCACUGCCCACCUCAGCUCCAGUAUACAAGUGGCCGGUCUUGCCCUCAAGCACCGCUCCGAGAAGUCCCAGAGACAGCGCAUCAUCGUGUUCUCCUGCUCCCCCAUCGAAGAAGACGAGAAGACAUUAGUGAAGCUGGCCAAGAAGAUGAAGAAGAACAACGUUUCCAUCGACGUGAUUGCCUUCGGAGAUCUGGAGUCCGAUCAGACUAAGAAACUGGAGGCAUUUGUCGAGAACGUCAAGGGUGGCGACGGCUCUAACCUCGCCAUCAUUCCCCCGGGCCCCAACUUGCUGAGUGAGGAGCUUCAGGUCACUCCCAUCCUCGGUGGGGACAGUUCCGGUGCCGAUGGUGCAGGUCCUGAAGGCGGUGAUGGCGCCUUUGGAUUCGAGGAUGCGGCUGAGAACGACCCCGAACUGGCAUUCGCCCUCCGUCUAUCUCUGGAAGAGGAGAAGAACCGGCAAGAAAAGGAGAAGCGGGACCGGGAGGAGCAAGAGCGCAAAGCCAACUUGGACAACAUUCCCGAGGAGGGCUCCAGCGGGAGCAAAGACAAGAAAGAGGAUGGUGACAAGAUGGACACUGCUUAAUGUGGAGACCAGAACAACCUCCUGGAUGAUUUGAUGCAUACCCGGCGUUUUUAAUGUACUUUCGUUUUCUUGCUGUAAUUGUAGAAAGCGGUUGGUUCUCCGGCAACUCGCUUUUGAAACGGAUGCGAUCUAAUAUGCAGAUCUAUCGCCAUCGUAACUUGUUGUUCCAUGAUACAAACUAUGACGCCCAGAU